UUAUGGUGAAAGAAACCAAAGCAACUCCAUGGGCGCCGUAAAGCAGGGAUAGCUGUAGGUGAUAAAAGGAUGGAAAUCAAGUUCAUUUCUCUUAUCUUCGGCAGCCUAUUUUCGUUCAUGGCAAAGGCUUGAAAUAAGUUAAAAUCUAAUAUGCCGGAUUUUUUCAAAGAAAUGCAACACGAUUAUCUCUGUCAGUUUUGAGAGAGAUUAAGGAUAACAGCCGGAUUUCCUCAAAGAGCUCUGCCAUUCUGAAAUUUGAAUCUGUACUGCACUUAAGAAAUCGUUUGACAAGAGAUGUGCACUAGUGAUUUGAUUCUUGAGUAUAUCCGUUGGUUGAUGUUUUCCCACGGAGUGUUGAUUUUGAGAGGCAACAAAAGAACAUGGUUUGUGAGGAUGUAGACGGUUGGUACGUUGUUGGGUUGACGUCCUGUGGAAUGUACUGACCGUCUAUACAAUGAUGUCCAAGAACCAGUACGACCUGGUCUCAGAGGACGGAUGUGACGUCAGGAUCCCCCUCCACAAUGACGAGGCCUUCAAGCACGGCAUACACUUCCAAACCAAGUACAUUGGCACCAUGGACGUGCCCCGGCCGAGCAGUCGGGUGGAGAUUGUGGCCGCCAUGAGGAAAAUAAGAUACGACUUCAAGUUAAAAGGCGUGAAGAAGAGAAAGGUGUGCCUCAGUGUAUCAGUGGACGGGGUCAAAAUCACGCAGUCCAGGAAACACAGGAGGUCUGUGUCGUCUGCUUCGUCCGAGGAGAACAGAGAACUCAUAGCUCAGCAUCCCAUAUUUCGGAUAUUCUAUGUGUCUCACGACUCCCAGGACCUGAAGAUAUGGAGCUACAUCGUUAGGGACGGUCCAAGCAACUGUUUCAAGUGCUCCGUGUUCAAGGCCUUCAAAAAGAAUCAGGCUACAAGAAUUGUUCGUACCAUAGGCCAGGCUUUUGAGGUGUGCCACAAACUAGACGCACAGACACACUUACCAAUGAAAACCAACGAGGACCCAUUCGGAAAAUCUAAAGAGAAACUGAAUGUUUCUACUGAAAGUCCACCACCGUAUCGCUUGGCGUCUCCUACCAAGAACACAAACAGCGGGAGGCCGUCCCCCAUCCCAUCCCCCGAGGUCUCAAAGGUCAGCAACCCGGACCCCGCGCCGAUUAGCACCCACCAACACGUCAUGUUGCUAAGACAACAGAUAGAGCAACAGCAGCACCAAACACAAAUUGCUAUUGGUCAAGUUCAAUUACUGAAGGACCAAUUGACAUCGGAGACUGCUGCCAGGAUAGAGGCACAGGCGAGAUCCCAUCAACUAUUGAUGCACAACCGCGACAUGUUGGAUCAGAUGGCACAGUUGGUUGCCAGGUUACAGGAGUUGGAGCUAAAGGUGACGGGCGCCGUGCGCACUGCUGACGUAGAAAGCCUUCUCCCGCCCCCGCCAGCGUUACGGAUGCCUGUGUUACCAGACCCCACCACCCCCCAGGCGGGUCCCGUCUAUACCCCGGAAUACUUCAAGGGCAAUGCUUUCGAGAAACCGUUUGUGACAGACUUUGACACAGAUUCCCCGGACAGCGGACACAAAGAAAUGUCCACUGAGAGCCUGGCGGUCCAAUACCAGAAUUCAAACACAUCGUACUGGCAAAACGUUUUGAACGGGGAACUGAUCUCUCUGAGCUCACCGUCGAGCUUUGCCCCCGGGACCAUCUGUCACGUAGUAGAGGACAUUGCUGCUGUAACUGGGAAUCCUUUCGCCAGUGGGUUCACCGAAACCUUCGAAGACCAGGAGUUUCUGAAGGACAAUGAACACAUUAUAACUCCAUGUCCGCCACAGGAUGCUUGUGGAAACAGACUGGAGUUAAAGCUCACGCGGACGCCGAGGAUAGCGCCCCCGCCGGAAUUCAGAAACUCCAAGUCGUAUCGAGAUUCUCAGUACUCGGUCCAGAGCACGGAGAGCGCGUCUUCCCAGGACACCACUCUGUACAUUCGUACCCCGGAGAGUGAUUAUUUCUCUUCUAACAUGAGCGGAAGCAUGAUUUCUCAAAACUCUACCAGUGGUAACGUGUUGAAUCUGCCGUCUGCUUCCAGUCAAUGUGACAUGGAUUCCAAAAAGGACUCGGACGUGUCUCCCAGUAACUCCCUGGGAUCCUCUAGUCACUCCAGCUCCAGCACGAGGUCCGAGCUCAGCCAGAUCCAGCGACAGACCAAAGCUAGCGACAGGCCGAGGGCUUGGCCAUCUCCAAGGUCUCCUCAGAAACAAGAACCGGAAGGGGUGCCAUUUUCCGACUUCAAAACGAUCGAGCAGAGGGAAGUGUCUAUCUCUCCGAACAAUAACAAACCGGGUCCUAAGAAGAGCCCCAUCAGUGAAAAUCAAAGUGUAAAAAAGCUGGAAGAGUUACCGCGCAAAAGACAAUUACAGGGGUACAGAGAUUUGGUGAUAAAGCCUGCUCCCCCACCCCCACCUCCUAGAACGGUCGAUAGGUUGUGAACUCCCACCAACCUAGACUGCCGUUAGGUUAUAAGACCGCAAAACAAGUUCCAUCAUACCAACAACACAGAACUAUUGAUAUAGCUUACUAGUUUAAAUCCCCACACACUUUUCAUAGGUUAUAGAUUAGACUUUGAUAGAUGAUAACCCCCACCCACCUCCCUGGACUGUCCAUAUGCUGCCGACGGGGGCUACUGGCCACAGUCUGCUGUAGCACUGCAUUCGGUAAUCUGUUCUUUGUGGACGAAAGACGAUCACACAUCGUCAGUCAUGUCCAAAUGUUGGGGAGGUUAUACAUGAAAUUGUAAUUGAUUUCUAUGUUAUUCGCUUCGACGAUGAAUUUUAUCAUUUAAGUCAUAUUGUUAAAAAUAUGUCUGAUAUUGUCCAUUAUAAACAAUAAACAUGUCUUUCUAGUCAAAUUUAAUAAAACAUAUUUAGAAAGGACAUGUUGAAUAAUUGGGAAAUUAUUUGCAAUUACUCACCCAAGAAGAAUGCUAGAUUCCUUCAAAUCCAUUGUUCUAUACUUUUACUGGCCAAUCUUAUGAUGUCGUUUUAGCAUUGUACGCACUGUAAAGGGGAAAUAAAUCAAACACGGAAUAGCAUUUCUUGGCUCAACGUUCAGGUUCGUACACUUUGGCGGUUGUUUCAUUACUCUUUUAUUUCUUUCCACAUCAUGUCGAUUGUUGACUUCAAUUUCAGUCUUGUAGAAAGUCUAAUCGCACCUCUGAACAAUAAAUUUCAAGAGGAACUAGAAUAGUUACAUAAAUAUAUUGCUUUAGUUAUGCUGAAAACAAAAGAUAUACAAAUAUUGAUAAGAAAAAAUAUUCAUAAGAGCAAUGAAUGUUUUCUUCGUCCAAUAAACGAGAAAAUAGUGCAUUGUACUUAGGAAAUGAUCUACAUUUUCCUUUGCAUCGGAAUCAGGAUAAAAAUAAUUACUGAAUCGUUCAUGGUUUUAUACGUCUUUGUGAAGGAGGGAUAAUACUAACACCACGGUCAGUCAAGGCUCGACAUUGACCUGCCAAGCCCGUGUCGCGCGAUCGAGGGGACGUUUUCUAUUUCAUGUACAAUGUAGCUCCAUACUCAAUCAAGAUUUUGACGUUUGAUGCUUCUGUAAGAAACUUCCGUAAUACAUGUACAUAGAUACACUGCAUCUGCCUGAUGUUUUCGUUGACAGCCUAUUUUAAAUAGUACCCUUAAAAAGCAAGAGUAAUUUGGAAUUUAUCAAACUACACUUUCUCGGAAUCGGUAUUUUAGGGCUUACUUUUUAACAAUUCUUUGAAAAAUGGUGGUUUCCAAUGAUUUUGUUUAGAGAAAAGAGAAAAAUUGUCUUACCUUUAUAAAAGUAAUUUAUAGAAGAGCAUAUUUCAUGUACUAUUUUUAAAACAUUUUUCCAAAUUUCUCUGUUCCUGACAUUUGAUACUUACAAUUCAAAGAAAGAUUUUGUCAGCUUGUAUAUUGCAAGAGAUAUAUUAAUACGGUAGAGCUCUAUAAAAUACCGUCGUUUUGAGUUUGAAAUAUCUUUAUAAAUCAAAGUACUGAAGUGCUGACGGGAGUUGAUUUUAUCGAUUAUCAUUUAUUUUAAAAUCAGCGAUAUGUGAUUUAGCAUGGCAAGUAGUAUCAGUAAUCGAACUAUUUCUGAGAAAUUGUAUGGGUCCAGACAAGAUUGAACUCUAGUUUUGUUCAACCAAACGCUCGACUGUCUCCGUUUAUCUCCGACAAGCAAGAGAGACUCUCUGUUUUGUAGGAUAUUAACGGAGUCAGCCGAGCGUCUGGUUAAACGAGACUGGUACAUUGAAGUCUAGCGUAUGAAUACAUGCAUUCGACUUCAAAAAAUAUCUAAACUGUUUGUACCAUUUAAAAUCUUACAAUUUUCAUGGUAUUAAUAAAUAGGUUUUCUUGAAAAACAAUGCUUCAGAAAACAUUGCAUCGAAUUUUAUCGAUUAUUUUCAGGAACUAAGUGUUGUCAGCGGUAUUGAUUUGUGCUUAGGUCCAAACACUAUUUCACUUUCGGUUUGCCCUAGUAAGUGCAUAGGAGAGUUGAUUAAAAUCAACUCCCAAAAACUAAUUCAACGUAUGUCAAAAGGCAAUUAUACCUUCAAAAUCUGACCCUAUCAAAAAUAACGUCAGAUAACCUUUUUUUUAAAGGUGAUUUCAUUUAAAUAUUAAGGGGAAAAUGAAUAAAUUGACAUACUUUUGGAAGGUGAAAUAAUCUUUUCCUCAUUAAAAAAAAAAAUACAGUAUAGCUAAGGUAAAAAGAAAUGUAUUUUUAAGAUAUGAUACAAUUUUUACAGACAGUGCAUUUAAUACAUGGAUAUGAACUUCUAUAUUAUGUUAAGUAAAUGAUUUUAUCACAUACGAGGUUAAUUCAACAAAAUGUUAUCAUUUACAAUGCCAAAGCAAUAUACAUUGUAAACUUUUUUUUUCAGCUGAAAAUAAAUAAAUCGUUAAUUUCUCUUGCAUCUAAUCGUCUUGACAUGAACUUCUUAACUUCAUCUUAUGAGGCGUUGGCUCUUCCUUCUUUCGAUCUUGAAACGGUAGAGAUUUGAAGUUGUUCUUCAUGAAAGCCGAGCUUGAAGUCACCAGGCAGAAAAUAAUCACGGAAAUACGUACAACGUUCAUAAAGAAUAUCAGCGACUGAUACUCGACGAACUUGUGGGUAGUGUUUGUGAACCAUGCUUUCUUGAAAUGGAAGAACACUCCAAAGUACAUAAUGUCCGCAGCAAAGAGGGUCAGGAAGAUGACACCCACGUCCCAGAAUAACUGCACGGACAGCUUGGACUUCAAGGUCGGCAGAAUGAAGACGGCCCAGGAGAAAUAGAUAAUCCCAGCUAUAAAUUUGUCCACGAAAUCCAUCCUGUUUUGAGCAUUUAUAACCGCAAAUGUUAAACCAAAAAAGCAACAAAAUGCAAAUUUUUCCUUUGCUGAUGUUCCAAGUAAUCUCUUGAUUCCAGAAACAGCAUCAUUGAAAACGGAAAAAACCUCAGAUGCCAUGAUCUUCAAUGCUAACGUUUUUUGAAUUGUUUAUAUUUCAGUAUUGUGACGUCAUUAAACAUUCCGUCAAAUUAACGUCAUAUUGCGCUGGCAUUCUCGAGCUUCAAGAAUAGAACACAAUUCAAACGUAGGCUACCGCCAGGUGGAUUGAUAAGCGAAGGGGUUUUAUAAAAAGCGUAAAAUGUCCCAAGUUAUGUCAUACUCGUAUACAUAUAUGUAGCUUCCUCUUUAUAUAAAACACAGGAUUAAUAGGGAAAAACACUACCCUUGCCAUAAGAUUUUAUCAUAGAUAUGUUUCACAAAACUCUCAACUCUACUGGCAGUACUGGCGGUAAAGUCAUAAGAAUCUGUUUGGAACAUGACGAAUGCAUGAUUUAUUAAAUAUUUGCAGUUUAUCCGAAGAGGAACGUGUCUUUGGGAAUAGAAUCUACAUGUGUAUAUGUAUAUAUAGAAGAAAUGUACAUCGAAAUAUGCCUGCCGCUCCCACAUGUGCUUUGGGAUGGGACCCCCUCCCCCC